AUGCGUCGACUUCUCUGUGUGCAUGUACUCCUAUGCUGCCUCAGUAUGGCUCAUCCCUUCUGUCCAUCCCAGUGCACCUGUGUUUUCCAUGGACGUACCGAUGGAACAGGAACCAGGUCUGUUCUCUGCAAUGAUCCAGACAUGUCUGAUAUCCCUGUCAACGUCCCUGUGGAUACGGUCAAACUUCGUAUUGAGAAAACGAUGGUGCGGCGGAUCCCAACAGAAGCUUUUUACUACCUGGUGGAGCUACGGUACCUGUGGAUUACGUACAAUGCCAUCAGCUCAGUGGAUACUUCAAGUUUCUACAACCUCAAAGUGCUCCACGAGCUGAGGCUGGAUGGAAAUAUGAUCUCUCUGUUCCCUUGGGAGUCUCUGAAAGAGAUGCCCAGUUUGAAGACGCUGGAUCUACACAACAACAAAAUCACUACUGUUCCCACUGAAGCCAUACCUCACCUCCUAAACAUUACCUACUUGGAUCUAUCCAGCAACAAACUGGCCACCCUGCCCUCUGAUCUCAUGGAUAUCUGGCCCCCCUUCAAUGGAGCACCCAUCUUUACUAAUGCGUCCCAGAAAGUUGUGUUAGGGCUCCAAGAUAACCCCUGGUUCUGUGACUGCAAAAUCUCCAAGCUGAUCGAGCUUUCCAAAAUGUCGGGUACACCAGUGGUUUUGAUGGACCUCUUCAUAACCUGCAGUGGACCAGAGAAUCUGGCUGGUGUCCUUUUUCAACGUGCUGAACUUGACAAUUGUGUAAAACCGUCAGUCAUGACUUCAGCAACCAAGAUCACAUCUCCUUUGGGCAGUAAUGUUCUCCUGCGAUGUGACGCCACAGGGUUUCCAACACCAACUCUUUCCUGGGCUAAGUCAGAUGGCUCACUCGUCAACAACACAGCUUCUCAGCCCUUCCUAAUUUUCGGUCAUGGGAAAGCCAUUCAUCGGAUGGACCUCGAUGGAAAGAACCACAGACGGCUUGUGGCUGGGGUGGGAAGCUCGAUCCUCCUUGACUUUAAUUUUGGAGAGGAGAGCGUUUACUGGGCUGACAGACACACUGGGGUCAUCUACAAAGCAUCAGUGAGAGGAGCAGACAGACAGAAACUGUACUCAUCUGACAAACACAUCUCAGGCCUUGCAGUGGACUGGAUUUGGAACCGUGUAUUUUGGACAAGUAGAGAAAAGGGAAAAAUCAAGACAAUGGAUACAAAUGGGAAAAAUGAAAGGACAAUUUUACGACACUUGACCCAACCGCAUUCUAUAAAUGUUGACCCCAUUAACAGGUUUCUUUUUUGGCUGUCUGGUGGGAUGACUCUGAGCAUCCAGCGGUCUGAUGUGACAGGUCAGAUGAAAACUACUCUUAUUAAGAUCGCAGAACAACUGGAAGCACUGACGAUUGACCGAGAGGACAAAAGACUGUUCUGGGUUCAGUUUGGUCUGCGAGGAGAAAGUGUCAUCGCCUCUUGUGAUUACAACGGGAACGUCUUGCAUAUCAUAGAUCAGCCGCUUCGGUCUCAGUCACUGGGCAUAUCACUUUUUCUGGAGCACUUGUUCUACACUGAUGCUGCAUUUCGGGAUAUAAAAGAAGUAAACAAGUACACCGGUGGAGAGUCACUGACUGUUAACAAAAAACAAAUGGCAAAACCCCCAGUUAAUAUAAAAGUGGUUCAUCCCCUCAACCAGCCAAUGGCAGACUCCCAAUCAUCGUUUCCAGGUUGUGACGAACAGAGUGGGAAUUGCGUGAAUGUGUGUUCCAGUCUAGCCGAGCAAGGGACAUGCCAGUGCAGCGAAGGCUUUGCUCUCAGUAAGCAAGGCACUUAUUGUGAAGAUGUGAAUGAAUGUGCCCACUGGAACCACGGCUGCUCUCUUGGUUGUGAAAAUAUCCCAGGCUCCUACUUCUGUUCCUGCCCGAAAGGAUAUGCCCUCCUACCGGACAGGAAAACAUGCGGAGAGAUCAUACCAUGUGAGGGUAAUAUGACAGAGUGCGGCCAUGGAUGCCUGACAACAGAAGAGGGUGCUGUCUGUGUGUGUCCUGAGGGAUCUUUACUGCAGGAAGACGGACAAGCCUGUACCGGCUGCUCGUCUGCAGACAGAGCGGGUUGCAGCCAGCUAUGUACUCCUGUCACUCCGAGUAGGUGGCAGUGUGAGUGUUUGCCCGGCUACCAGCUCCACCAAGAUGGCAAGCGCUGCAUUGCCUCCGGACCACCACCUUAUCUACUAGUGGCCAAUCUAGUAGAUGUACGACAAAUUAAUCCUGAUGGCACUGGGGAUCAAACCCUUGUGGAGGAACCCAGAGGAACAAUCAUAGCUUUGGACUAUGACCCCGUCCAGGAAAAAGUGUACUUUGCAAGUACAAGCCAAAAGACGAUUGAGCGGGUUGAUCUGAACAGUGGGUCUAGAGACGUUCUUGUCUCUGAUGGUUUGGGCUCUCCAGAGGGGCUGGCCAUUGACUGGAUUCACCGCAAAAUGUACUGGACAGAUAAAAGCCAGUCAACAGUUGACUGCAGUACCUUGAAUGGACUGGACAGAGAAACUGUUGUAAGCAAAGGGCUGGAAAAACCACGAGGAAUCGCAGUUCAUCCUUUGGCAAAGAAGUUGUUCUGGACUGAUAUCGGGGCCCAGCCUGUGGUGGAAAGUGCCUCUCUGGACGGAAAAGACCGUAUUGUCAUUGCAAGCACUAACCUUAUGUCGCCGAGCGGGCUGACCAUCGAUUUCACAGAGGAUCGUCUGUUGUGGUGCGACCAGAGGAGGGGCCUGAUAGAGACUGCUGCUCUGGAUGGUUCAGAUCGACGAGUCCUGUUAGAGAACCAAGUAGGUCGACCUUUUGACCUUGCGGUAUUUGAGGACAAGUUGUGGAUAUCUGAUCAGGAGCACCAGCAGUUGAGGAGCGUACACAAGCGGUCUGGGAAAAAACUGCAACGUAUCCAUGGCAACAUGAUCCAACCAGCAUCCAUCGUUGUGGUUCAUCCUCUUGCUAAGCCGGGGGCUGACGUCUGCCUUCAUCUGAAUGGAGGUUGUGCCCAGGUGUGUAAAAGCAAACUGGGAUUCGCUCACUGCUCCUGUCUGCCGGGCUACAUCCUAUCAGCUGAUGGAAAACACUGUUUGCCAGCCGGUGCUACAAAUAGAACAGCAGAAUCUGGAGACAGUGAAUCCACUGAUUCAACAUCUCUCAAAAACAAAACCUUCAACGAUGACAGCACACCCCUGACAACACCUGGCCUUUCAGCUGCUAAAACUGAUGCUAAUCGAGACUCGACUCUUUUCACAGAAAAGAUGGUUUCAGACCAGGAUGAGUGUUUCUCACUCCGCUGUGACGUAAACGCUAAGUGCCUGCUAAACGCUGGCAGCCCGACCUGUCUGUGUCAAGAAGGUUUUACAGGUGAUGGACAGUUGUGUGUGGAGCUGCAGAUCACAUCACCAUGGGUGACGACUGGUAGCCCUGCUGAAGUCACCACGAGGCAUCACAACAGUAACUCAGUAGAGAGUUGUCCCUCCACCCACGAGUCCUACUGUCUGUACCAGGGGGUCUGCUUCUACUUUCCUGAAAUGGAGUCCUACGCUUGCAAUUGUGUCUCGGGGUACAUGGGGGAGCGCUGUCAGUUCAGUGACUUGGAGUGGUGGGAGCUUCAGCAGGCUGAGGAGGAGAAGAGGAGGAACGUGGUCAUCGCUGCGUGCAUGGUGGUCCUUGUCUCCCUGCUCUCCAUCGCUGCAUGUGUCACCUACUGCUACGGAACUAGAAGAUUCUUCCGCAAACAGCCCUCAGAGGAUAACGUGAGUGAGACCAGCGUGACAGAUGAGAGCAUGUCUGAGACCACUACCACCAGUGUGCCACGGUUCUACAUGGUGACGGAGAAUGGUGUGGAGGGAAUGGUCAUCCCUGCUAUGGGCUGCCCCAGGAGAGCCGUCUGUCCGUCCUGCUCUUCAGAAACAGGUGACAACCCUGCAUCUGAACAACAAUGUCCAGAACACUGGGACAGUGGUGCAUUGUCUCAACACAACAGAGGGUAUGAGUGCUCCAUGGUGUCAGCCGUUGCCAUGGAGACCAACAUACCCACUGUCCAUCACUCAAGUCCAUCACUGUCAAGCUCAUAUACUUGUACGACUUUCAAGCCACCACUGCUCCCACGGACCCCCGGCUCAGAGUCCCCUGCCUCCUAG